AUGGACGUGGAUCUACUGGACACUUGUGAACAAUCAAAUAUAACCAUUCCUUUAGUAACGGAUAUACCGAUUGAAAACCAAAAUUCAAGCGCUUUAUCUGAAUUGAUGUCAACCUCUGACCCCUUAUUAUUGAUUGUGUCGCAUAAGAGGGACAUAAGACUCGCCAAAGUGUCCGAUAAUCACACACUUUAUUACAUAGACUCAGAAUUUGUACAAAAAUGCAAUCAAUACGUGUUUGCCAUUGACUAUACUAUUGCUGACAAUUAUUUGAUUGCCAUUAAGACUGUAUCUCAAUAUUCACCAGAUUUGGCCACUUUGUAUAGACAGCCCAUUAUCGACAACCAGUCCAUUGCUGUCAACACAAGCAAUGACUUAAUAGAUAUAACCGAAAGUUAUAAAUCAUUGGCAUUGGAUUACAUCCAUAAUAUAAUAUACUACCCCCUGUGUAACUACAUGAACAAGGAUAUUGGUAUAUAUGCCGUCAAUAUGACUGACCCCCACAAACACCAGUUCCCAAUUGUUAGGCAACAACAUUGUGUGGUCAAAGAUAUUCGUGUGGAUCCGUUGGAAUCACUAUUAUUCUGGAGUGAAUACAUACCAUCGGAAACCAGUUCCAGUUCUUAUAGUUCUUACAGUCGAUACACUUCGAGACCAACUUAUAGUGACGCGAGACAUAAAAGCCAUAUAAUGCGGUCAUCACAGGACGGACAGGGCGUUCAGAUUAUUAUGUAUUCACAGUAUGUGCGAAGGAAUACCUUGAGCAUAGACAUCACAGCCAAAAGGCUUUAUUGGAUUAGUUCCGAGAAUUCGUAUUCAUCUGUCAGUCGGUUAUACACUAUUGGAUACGACGGCUCAGACCAGAAGCUAAUCCUGUCGUCAAAGAGUCUGUUCUCAGAGACCACUAUCACCGCAAUGGAUGUGUUCGGGGAUUACAUCUAUUGGACGGACAAUGCAAACGAUACUAUACUUCGCGUAAAUAUGAAGGAGUCGAGUGAAGAACCGGUAGUCCAUGUGCUGUUGCAAUCGGGUAUAGACAUCAAUGCCAUGAAAGUAGUGCACAAAUCGCGUCAACCUAUGGCUAGAAAUAAAUGUGAGUCUCAUUUGUGUCCCAAACUGUGCCUACCGUCCAGUUAUAAUCACCGCAACUAUACCUGCCGUUCCCAAUGCGAGUCGCAGACUUGGAACGGGAAUACCUGUGUCACUGAGAGCCCGGUGUCCGUAACUCCUAUUUAUAGAGUAACAACCCCUUCAACUCCGUAUGAAGUGUUGGACAACGAAACAAAGUUAUUGUUUGUGUCCUAUAAGGAGGGAAUUUAUGUCAAACAGAAUAUUCACGAAUUGGACACUAAUUACAUUGAGUCCAUUGGAUUGGUCUCAAGCAAUGAGUUGAUUACGGAAUUGGAUUAUAAUUACAACAAGAAUUUUAUGCUUUAUAUCGUAAAUAAUAUUAUUACUGGAUUUACAUUAUAUGCCACACCUAUUGAUAGAAGUAAGCCAUCGAUGUAUAGAAACAAUCAACGAUUACUCAAAAAGUCUUAUGACUGCAAAUCAAUGGCUUAUGAUUAUAUACACGAUUUAGUGUAUAUAGGGGUCGCUAAAGGUAUCGAAGUGUUUACUAUUGGCCACAAUCUGUACUCAUAUGAUGUGGUCAUUCAUAAUGAAUAUCAUAAUUCAUAUGAUGUGGCGGUCGACCCCAACAAUGGACUUCUUGUAUGGUCUAAAACGAAGUAUAUGUUAGGCUCAUACUUGGUCCGAUAUAUGGGAAGCAUAAUGCGUGCCAAUCAGGACGGCUCUAACAUACAGGUGCUCUAUAAUAACACCGAUUUUUUGGAAUCAAUCACUUACUUUGGGACUAAUUACCGGUUAAUAAAAGAUAGUUCCCGGUUUAGUUCAGUAUUUUCUAUGGAUAUGUUCGGGGAAAACAUUUUUUGGUCCAAUUCUGAUACCAAUUCUAUAUAUAUAACGGAUAUUACCGAAAGGGAAAGUGUGGAGAGGUUGGUCACGUCGUACGCGGAUUUACAGGCUAUCCGUGUCCUCGACCCUAACCGACAAAUCAAUGGCACAAAUAGGUGUCUCAAUCAUGAAUGUUCGCAACUCUGUCUACCCGUCCAACAUUACUACCGGUGUGUUUGCGCUAAGAAUCGGAUUCUGUGUAAAGAGAAUGAAACAUUAAUAAUGAAAACAAAUGACAAGAAUCUCAUAGAGAAUACAACCGAUGAUAGUAUGGGAAGGAUAUCACAAAAAUUGGAUUCUUUGCUGAACACGACUAAUUUUGCCACUUUGUAUAGACAGCCCAUUAUCGACAAGCAGUCCAUUGCUGGCAACACAAGCGAUGACUUAAUAGAUAUAACCGAAAGUUAUAAAUCAUUGGCAUUGGAUUACAUCCAUAAUAUAAUAUACUACCCCCUGUGUAACUACAUAAGCAAGGAUAUUGGUAUAUAUGCCGUCAAUAUCACUAACCCCCACAAACAUCAGUUCCCAAUUGUUAGGCAACAACAUUGUGUGGCCAAAGAUAUUCGUGUGGAUCCGUUGGAAUCACUAUUAUUCUGGAGUGAAUACAUACCAUCGGAAACCACUUCCAGUUCUUAUAGUUCUUACAGUUCUUACAGUCGAUACACUUCGAGACCAACUUAUAGUGACGCGAGACAUAAAAGCCAUAUAUUGCGGUCAUCACAGGACGGACAGGGCGUUCAGAUUAUCGUGUAUUCACAGUAUGUGCGAAGGAAUACCUUGAGCAUAGACAUCACAGCCAAAAAGCUUUAUUGGAUUAGUUCCGAGAGUUCGUAUUCAUCUGUCAGUCGGUUAUACACUAUUGGAUACGACGGCUCAGACCAGAGGCUAAUCCUGUCGUCAAAGAGUCUGUUCUCAGAGACCACUAUCACCUCCACUUUGUAUAGACAGCCCAUUAUCGACAACCAGUCCAUUGCUGGCAACACAAGCGAUGACUUAAUAGAUAUAACCGAAAGUUAUAAAUCAUUGGCAUUGGAUUACAUCCAUAAUAUAAUAUACUACUCCCUGUGUAACUACACGAGCAAGGAUAUUGGUAUAUAUGCCGUCAAUAUGACUGACCCCCACAAACACCAGUUCCCAAUUGUUAGGCAACAACAUUGUGUGGCCAAAGAUAUUCGUGUGGAUCCGUUAGAAUCGCUAUUAUUCUGGAGUGAAUACAUACCAUCGGAAACCAGUUCCAGUUCUUAUAGUUCUUACAGUCGAUACUCUUCGAGAUCAACUUAUAGUGACACGAGACAUAAAAGCCAUAUAUUGCGGUCAUCACAGGACGGACAGGGCGUUCAGAUUAUCGUGUAUGCACAGUAUGUGCGAAGGAAUACCUUGAGCAUAGACAUCACAGCCAAAAGGCUUUAUUGGAUUAGUUCCGAGAGUUCGUAUUCAUCUGUCAGUCGGUUAUACACUAUUGGAUACGACGGCUCAGACCAGAGGCUAAUCCUGUCGUCAAAGAGUCUGUUCUCAGAGACCACUAUCACCGCAAUGGAUGUGUUCGGGGAUUACAUCUAUUGGACGGACAACACAAACGAUACCAUACUUCGUGUGAAUAUGAAGGAGUCGAGUGAAGAAUCGGUAGUCCAUGUGGUGUUGCAAUCGGGUAUAGACAUCAAUGCCAUGAAAGUAGUGCACAAAUCGCGUCGACCUAUGGCUAGAAAUAAAUGUGAGUCUCAUUUGUGUCCCGAACUGUGUCUACCGUCCAGUUAUAAUCACCGCAACUACACGUGCCGUUCCCAAUGCGAGUCGCAGACUUGGAACGGGAAUACCUGUGUCACUGUGAACCCGGUGUCCGUAACUCCUAUUUAUAGAGUGACAACCCCUUUAACACAGUAUGAAGUGUUGGACAACGAAACGAAAUUAUUGUUUGUGUCCUAUAAGGAGGGAAUUUAUGUCAAGCAGAAUAUUCACGAAUUGGACACUAAUUUCAUUGAGUCCAUUGGAUUGGUCUCAAGCAAUGAGUGGAUUACGGAAUUGGAUUAUAAUUACAACAAUUUUAUGCUUUAUAUCGUAAAUAGGGUCGCUAAAGGUAUCGAAGUGUUUACUAUUGGCCACAAUCUGUACUCAUAUGAUGUGGUCAUUCAUAAUGAAUAUCAUAAUUCAUAUGAUGUGACGGUCGACCCCAACAAUGGACUACUUGUAUGGUCUAAAACGAAGUAUACGUUAGUCUCAUACGAAUAUAUGGGAAGCAUAAUGCGUGCCAAUCAGGACGGCUCUAACAUACAGGUGCUCUAUAAUAACACAGAUUUUUUGGAAUCAAUCACUUACUUAGGGACUAAUUACCGGUUAAUAAAAGAUAGUUCCCGGUUUAGUUCAGUAUUUUCUAUGGAUAUGUUGGGGGAAAACAUUUUUUGGUCCAAUUCUGAUACCAAUUCUAUAUAUAUAACGGAUAUUACCGAAAGGGAAGGUGAGGAGAGGUUGAUCACGUCGUACGCGGAUUUACAGGCUAUCCGUGUCCUCGACCCUAACCGACAAAUCAAUGGCACAAAUAGGUGUCUCAAUCAUGAAUGUUCGCAACUCUGUCUACCCGUCCAACAGGACUACCGGUGUGUUUGCGCUAAGAAUCGGAUUCUGUGUAAAGAGAAUGAAACAUUAGUACUGCAAACAAAUGACACGAAUCUCAUAGAGAAUACAACCGAUGAUAGUAUGGGAAAGAUAUCACAAAAAUUGGAUUCUUUGCUGAACACGACAAGUAAUGCCACCAACUAUUGGAUUAUUAUAGCAGUGAUUAUCAUAUCUAUUAAUUUACUGCUAAUCGGUAUCUAUUUUUACCGCAAAAUGAAAGCGUAA